AUGGAAUGGUGGUCUCGGCUUGUGGGAGGCGCUCCUACACCAGCACACAUCACACCAAAAGCUAGCAUCUCGUCAGAUCCGCAGGCACGACUCUCCAGAUUCAAGAGGACUUUCAAUCAUAUCCUGGCCCUCUGUAACAAGCCCAGGCAACCCGAGAAUGAACAGCCAUUGCUGUACCAGCUGAAGACCGCACUCGACAGACUCGCUGUACUGAUACGCGAAGAGUCGCGCGCAUCAAUACCUCAUGUCUGCCUCACCUUCGCCGCCUCGAGCCAGCUAUACACAGUGGUCAGUCGAGCUGCCAUCGUCUCACAAUAUGAACCCAUCAUCUCUUCCGCCGUGGCCAUCUUCGCCGCUCUCGUCGACAGCGAGGAAGAAGAUCUGCUAUCGACCGCACCGUUCGCGAAAAGUCUUAUGCGGCUAGUCACGAAAGUGGUCGACAGUAACAAUGUUCUCAUUGGUAUCGAGACCGAGACUGACAUCCUCGAAUUGCUCUUCACCAUAUCAGCCAAGAUCAGGUUGCAGCCCGAGAUCUUGGCUGUGUGGUUUCGAUCCACAGCACGGCCGGACCUGGAAGAUGUGUUUGUUAAGGAGAAGCGCAGCUUUGUCGGCAUUACGCAGCGCGAUGACUUCCCGUUGUGCUACAUCAUGAUUGACCGAGUGCAUAAUGAUGGCAGGAUUGGCGACUUUGCCAGGACGGGCUUGCUGUACAUAUUCGAAGCCACUGGGCGGUCCAUGGCACUGGAGGAGUGGGUGAUCUCUAGUGAUCUGUCCACACUCAUGGCGAGUGGGCUCGGAGCGCUGUACAGCCAGCUCAGCCGAGAGCUCUCCAUUCUACAUCCAGAUGCGACGUUGCCAGCUGUGCUAGCGAUGUCGGAUUAUUCUACGACUCAUCCACGAGCCACGGCCGAGUCUGCCUUCUCAGAACGACACCAGGCUCAUAUGGUAACGUUCCUAUCAUAUCUUGCGUUCUGGCAGGAUGUGCUAGAUCACUGCAGGAGCGCAGAUGUGAAGCAGACUUUACUGGACCACUUUCAGAUCCUCUUCCUCCAACAGCUACUGUAUCCUUCACUUCUGCAAUCGAGCGAUACCGAUGCUGGCAGCUCGGUCGCAGUACUGACAUAUCUGUGUGCCAUGUUGGAGGAGCUACAGUAUCCGGAUCUGGUGGAAAUGAUGCUCGCAUACCUCCUCAACAUCCGCCCAGGCGCAUUGGAGACAGUGCCCUCCACACCAGUGACACCAGUACGACCUGGAAUGCCACCACGAUCGCCGACCACCCAGCGAAGAAGGCAGAGCUUGAUGCUGUUGACCGCUCCCAAGGACCCAGAGGAGGCCAUGGAGCCUAGUCUGUUCAAUCUUACAGAUCUUGUGCUCAACAGCGCACGCUCGAGUAAUGCUCAAACGAUAUUUGCUGCCUUGCGACUGAUCACGACGAUGCUGAAUCGACAAAGGAAAUACAUGUUUGGCACACUGCUACGGACGAGGAAGGAGUCCUCCAUUGCGACCAUACCAGAAGACGGCCCUGCACCGUCCCUGGGGAGACUACAGAUCGAUUCCUCUGGCUAUGGUGUGCACCAUGUACCACCAAGCCAGACAGUCGGCGCUCAUGAGCUUAUGUUGUCGAGGUACACGGAUCUCGUGGUGGCUCUUUAUGGUCACGUGUUUCCUGGAGAAACCUACGAGAGUGUUUGCGAAGAUACACGAUAUUACAUCGAAGCUCAAGCUAUUACAAGUCUGGCAGCACAGGACAUUGAGCAGACGCCAAACAGUCGUACGCUCCCUCGUCGAGACCCGCUGCUCCGAGCCCUGACAGCACGUCUGGAGAACUUCUUCACCGAUAGUCUAGAUGUAAACUUGGCCUUGACGCAGACCCUCAUCACGAUGGCUUCUUGUAUCGAGCUCAGGCUGGACUCGUGGGUGACACUGGAUCCUGCUGUUGCCCGACCGGAGCAAGCUUCGGAGAUGAUGCCACGUCCAUGGCACACGCACCUCGGUGACGACGAGAGGGCGUCGGGUAAUGCUCUGCGAGCCGCCCUGCAACCACCAGUCUGGUCAGACGAUAUAGCGCCCGCCCUCUACACCACACUACAACACCUCCUGACGCAAGUGGAACACGUGCGCAAAACAAUACCAAGCCUCGACAGCCUGCUCGCCAGUCGCCAACACAUGCUUCAAGCAUCAUCCACGCCCGAGGUCGCCUUGAGCGCACCGCCUUCACUCGCAAGCAGCCCGAUGACAGCAACGACAUCUACUUCGUACCUCGAUGCUGUCCAACCAUCGCGAAAUUUAAAUCGAUCGCGUGACGGGGAUCCGCUGUCCGCGGACCGCAGCCACAAGGCAACCAAUAGACCGGCUGUGGGGUCCGACUUCUCGGUUUCGAAUGCGCGUCACAUAGGCGCAAACAUGUCAUCAGUCUCGGGAACACGCCCUGCUACAGAAACCAAUGCGAGUUUGCCUGGUUCGUCGUUGGGUAAGAUGAAGCAAUCGAUGUUUCGGCCGCCUCCACCUGAGGUUCCCUCCACCACAGACAUGCUGAUGGAGAAGAUCACGUUCACCGGAACGACGGAAGCUCAGGCGGUGGAAACUGAUGGCGAGGCUGAGGAGAGAAGUGCGAGUUUGAAUCACGUGUUGACCAACAUCGUCGUCUUGCAACAGUUUGUACUGGAGAUCGUGGCGGUUAUCCAAGUCCGAGCCGCUGUGCUUGGAGAGCGGGAACUGAGGUUCUGUUGA